AUGUAUGACAGAUUUGCUUUGGAAGAGGAGCAUAAAAGACUAAUUAAUUCCCUCACUGAUGAGCAGAAAGCUGUUUAUGAUAAAAUUGUUUCAGCAGUUACGGCAGCAUCUAUUAGAUCAAAAGCUGGAAUCGUACUUAAUGUUGCUUCUAGCGGAAUUGCUUCCCUUCUGCUUCCUGGAGGACGAACAGCGCAUUCUAGAUUUCGUAUUCCUAUUCAAAUCAAUGAAGAUUCAACGUGUAAUAUAAGGCCGAAAUCUACUAUAGCUGAGUUGCUGUCAAAAACAAAGUUAAUCAUUUGGGAUGAAGCUCCAAUGGUACAUAGAUUUUGCUUUGAGGCUCUGGAUAGGACACUGAGAGAUGUUCUUAGAAUUUCUCAUACAAGCUGUGUUGAUAUGCCAUUUGGUGGAAAAGUUGUUGUUCUAGGAGGUGACUUUCGGCAAAUAUUACCUGUCAUUCCUCAUGGCAGCACACAAGAUAUAGUUCAUGCAACCAUCAAUUCUUCUCAUCUAUGGUCCCAUUGUCAUUUAUUAACUUUGACCAAGAACAUGCGUCUUAAUUCUGGAAGUAGCGCUCACAAUUUAGAGGAAAUAAAAGAAUUUUCUGAGUGGCUAGUUAAAGUUGGGGAUGAUAAUCUUGGAGAUGAUGUUGAUGGAGAAUCUAUUAUAACAAUUCCAGAUUAA